CACACACACACACAGACACAACUUAGCUCGACAUCAGGGAGGACGUGUAGUCAGCCUGACAAAAUGCUUUACAGAACCCACUCAAACUCUCUGCUUGCCGGACAUUUCAGGACAUCCUCUGUCCCACAGACUUGUGACAGUUUAAAGAAAUGGAAGUGUAUAAUGAUUCGGCAUUUCGCCUAUAGUUAAUACCUAGCCCAACUUCCAAUAUGGUAGAAGAGGUUGUUGUCGAGCUUUACGGUGUUGUCAUGUCCCCGCAGUGCCGAUAGUGGUGCUGUGAGGAGUCUACCGAGGACUGAACUAAAAAAAAAAAACCAGCAGCCUAGCACUUCCAAUGUUAGCCGAGGGUAAUAUACAUUUUAAUGCACCUUUACGCUAUAAUUGCGGGCAAGCGGCUUCAAAAAGCAGUAUUUUCCGUGGUAUGUCGAGUACUGACGCAUAACUGGUCCAGCUGAUGAGAUUAGGCAUUUCCACAGUGUACCAGGAGUGAAUACCCUGUACAGUCUGUACUAAUUGAAGCUGAUGUUUUCAAGGAAUAGAGUCACGUGAUGUAUGAGGGGAAACACAUACACUUCUCGGAGGUGGACAAUAAGCCUUUGUGCUCAUACAGCCCAAAACUCUGCAAGCAGCGUAGACUUAAUGGAUACGCCUUCUGUAUACGGCAUGUUUUAGAGGACAAGACAGCUCCCUUUAAACAAUGUGAAUAUGUGGCCAAGUACAACAGCCAGCGAUGCACCAACCCCAUUCCCAAAGCCGAGGACCGCAGAUACUGUAACAGCCACCUGCAAGUGCUGGGCUUCAUCCCCAAGAAGGAGCGUAAGAAGAAACAUGAUGCGCUGGAUUCUGUAGCAUUGAACAUCACCGUGCCCUCCCUAGCUCUCAAAGCCUCUAAUGGCUUAGACGGUUUGCCUCCUUCUCCACCCUGUACCCGUCUGCCCCCCCUUGCCUUAUCCAGCACACACCUGUUUGACCCCUUCGCCUUUUACGAAGAGGACGUGGAUGGAGUGGAGAGCGCCACACGCAAGAACUCUGUACCUAAGAGGAAGCCUGCUAGUCGGCUGGUUCUCAGUCAGCAAGGGCCACGUCAUGACGCUGACUUUCCAUCACCCACUUCAGAGCAAUUAACACCCGUCACGGUGGCCUGCACACUGCCCAAAUCUCCACAUCUACCACCACCAACACCAGCAGCACUACCUGCACCUCCCCCACCUUUGCAGCAUGCUGGUCACGCUUCCUUUAUUCAGCAGGGGCCAUCACAAGCUCUGCAAUGCAAGACAGCACCAGCUUCAACAGGAGCCUCCCUGGUGCCCACCACACCACCCUCAGCAGGCCAGCAGUAUCGGAAAACCCUCCACACUUCCCCCAGUCAUCCACCUGCUGGCGCUUGGGAGUGUCCACAGAGCCGCACCAUCACUAUGCGACCCACUGCCUUUACAGCUCCCCCUGCCUGCCUGUCAAGGCUACAGCAUCUUAUACAGCUCUGUGCAAACAGACACAAAGAGCAUGGAGACCUCUUCCCUCAUCUUGGACUGGACUGGUCUGAUGAAAGUGCUGAUGAGGAUGAAGAAGAAGAAGAUGAUGAGAGAAUUCCUUCAUUGCCCCAGGCCAGGAGGCUGCAGGAUGGGAGUCCUCAACACCAUUCUGUGGGUGAACGCGAGGAGCCUCGGCGGUCUCGUCUGGCUCAGCUCUGUACGUACCUGCAGGAGCGCUACAAACACUUGUGUAGGCAAGAGCGAGCUGCCACACGGCACACAAGAUACAAAUACGCUUUCAGGAAAGCUCUGCUCCAUGCAGCCAGCAAAGACCCUGACUGCACAGGGGAACUCAUCCAGCAUCUCAGCAAAACAUCACACAUGUCCAGCAGGCAUCCAGUACAACAGAAAGUGGAAAAAUCUGUGUGCACUGGUAGCACCAAGGGUCAGCCCUGCAGCAACCCAUCUCUGCCUUUCACACGCCACUGCUUCCAACAUAUCCUGCUGAACCGUUCACAGCAGCUCUUUUCCAGCUGCACAGCACGAUUUGCUGAUGGGCAGCAGUGCUCUGUCCCCGUCUUCGACAUCACACACCAGACACCUCUCUGUGAUGAACAUGCCAAGAAAAUGGAUAAUUUCCUACGUGGGGAUAGUAACAGGCGGGUGCAACAGCAGCAGCAGAGACGGCCACGUAAAAAGACCAAACCACCAGCGUUGACUAAGAAACACAAGAAAAAGCGGAGGAAAGUAGUGCGCCGUCCCCAGAAACCCAUUCCUCCUGCACUACCACAGGGCAACCUGCCCAUGCCACCCACAUUGACACUGCCCACCCACCAUGCCAGCAUCAGGAGCCCCUCUACACCUGAGCUCAGCGCAGAUGAACUUCCUGAUGACAUCACCACUGAUAUCGCAGACAUUCCAAAUGAUCUGGAGUUAAAUCAGGAGGACUUUUCUGACGUCCUGCCCAGAUUGCCUGAUGACCUACAGGACUUUGACCUGUUUGAGGGUAAGAAUGGCGAGUUGCUUCCCACCACAGAAGAGGCGGAGGAGCUGGUUCGUGCGCUGCAGGCAAUGGGCUCAUAUCCUGACACGCUGGUUUGUUUAAACUCAAUGGCUGAACUGACACCAGCUGAUGACCAUCGUGCCAUGAGUGUCUUUUCUGGCUCUGGAGUCACGGUGACAGCCAUGGGCGAUCUCCUAAACGGCCGAAUAUCAUCGGACAACUUCCCAAGUCUGGAGCUGGAGGAUAAUCUCCUCCAUCACUCGGCAGAUGAUCAUUUCCCUUCAUCCCUCUCUCCUCAGCCACCACCAGCCACCACCUCAGCGCCUCCUGCAGGGUCAAAUCGUACACUGAACGAGCGAACGUUCCCUCACUCGGCUCUCUCUAAAACCGAGCCCACGCUGCCGUCCUCUCCUCCAGGCAGCCAUUACAGCAGUGACCAUGUGCCGUCUCCUUACAGCGAUCAUAUCUCCUCCCCACACUCUGCGUCCUACCAGACAGAGCCUCCUCUCCUACUGGAGGUGCCUCUCAGCGGAUUACCAGGCGCUCCUCGCUCCUCCUGGAGCAACCUCGCCCUUUCCCUUACAGAACCAAUGCAGUUUGGGAACCUUUUGACACAAGACACUCAUCUCCUCUCCACCUCUCUGUCCACUCCUCCUUCCAUCACACAUCCACCCUCUGCUCCCUCCUCCUCUCCUCCAAACUCCCCUCAUGACCUUCUCAGCACUAGCCAGCCCAAACUGCAGCUCCCACAAUUCAGUGCAGCCUUCGGUCAUCAGCUUGCCUCUCACAGCGGCAUCCCGAAAGAUGUACAGCCCAGUCACAGUUCCACAGCUCCUCCUACGGGGUUCACGAGUGCAAGUGCCACUGCUGCCGGUGCCAACAGUGCCGCACCCACUUUCCAGCAGAGCAAGUGAACAAGCAGAUAAACACACCCACAUCCUAGCAUUUUUCAGGGGAGGCGGGGAUUACGAUAACAAUCUCUUUUGCCAAAUUUGUGUUUCAGUAGGAGGCUUGGUUUUAACCCAGAACAACGGUCACUGUUACUGCCUCUCCCACAUCAUGAACUUUCUCACUGACCUCUCUGUCUUUCAUUCAAGACUUCAAGCAGACAGCAGAAGUGUCUGUCUGUUUACGUGUGCACAUUAUUUAUAAAAAAAAAAAAAAACAGUGAGGGUGUCAGAACAUUGGGACUAUCUGCCAAACAGCUUUUAUCCAGAAGAUUUUAUUUUGCACUGUACAUAUUAAACCUUUUAUGCAGACACUCAGAUUAAGCUUACUCAGUGGACCUAUCCUGGGCUGUACAUUUUCCUGUUCAGAGACCUCACAGGCACCUGAAGGUAAAAACCUGGUUACUCAAAGCAAUAAAGCACAUCAGCAUAUUCAAUCGUUACAGUAUUCAAAACCAUGUGUGAGUUGUGUACCUCAUAGGAGCCAGACUCCCAUGACCAAUGGGUCUGUGGGGGGAAAAAAACAAUUCUCUCAUUAAAAUCUGAGCAAGAACUCUUCUGCCUAAUACAGAGCUUCUAGUUAGACUGUGUUAUUCUCAUUUACAGAACGUUAACAUACAGAAAACAAAAAGCUUUUAUGACGAAUGGGGGAAAAAAAGCAUAGAUUUUUCACCAAAUAUAAGGAUUCCUGUCUAUGGUGCUUAAGUUUAAAAUGGCUUGGUGAGGUUUCUCUUUAAAGCAGUCUUUUAAUAGGGGCUAGACAUGAGGACUGCAUUGUCUUUAAAUUAUCUUUGCUGUGCUGGGACCUUUGGUGCAAUUUCUACAGAGCAGGACUUUUCACACAUUUCUGCUCAAAUUUCCACAGUAAACCAGGUUUAAAUUCCACACUCGACUGGCUGCACGGCCUGGAAACUGUGGCGAUAUCACUCAGACUCCUUCCCCCUGAGAGGCAGCAGCCUUCACUUAAUCAUGGCCUGUUUUUAAAUACAGUCAUUUCUGGCAGUAAAUCAAUGGUUUUGGUAGGUUUUUAGACAGAAUGACGAUCACAUAUAUUGUCAUAUGUAACAUAUUUAUAGAGUAGUAAUUGAAUUCGAAAGUAAUUGGGUUUUAUUGGCGAGUUCAUCCGAGUGACAGUGAAACGACUACAAAAUGAUUAUGAAAAAUUAAAAGGAAAACAUUGUUGGACAUACCAGGUGGAGUUCUAGUUGUGUUCCUGUCACUAGUUUUAAUGGCUAUCAAAAUUCUAUUGAUUGAUAUUUCUAUUUGAAUGAAUGUUGUUUGUGAUUUCUUGUCAUUUCUUUUGGGCAAAAAAAGAUGGUGGUGAACAGUAUUUUUGAUAGCUAUUAAAAUCCAGCUAGCAGUAACAGUGGAAAGUUUGGUGUUUGCAUGAAUACAACCACAAACGAUUUCUUGUGAAUUAACGCGAAAGCUUGCGUCCAAAGAGAGAGCUUCAUAGGAAUGCUGGUGUGGUGAUGGAUUUAUUUAUUUAUUUUUUAGUUUGAAAUAAAUAAAAAUGAAACCAUGAAA